AUGGAUACCCCGAGAGAUAUAUUCUACAGUAGGAGAUCAACACUGCUUUCAAUCAGACUUUGGGUUGGACGAAGGGUUUUCGGCGCUGUAGGGCAAUUAGGAGUCAGAGCCAGCCGCAAUAGGAUCGUCAAAGGACCAUGCGAAGCUGCAGAGCUCACAGCCUUGCAAUAUGUCGCCAGGCACACAACAGUAUCCGUCCCUAACGUUUAUGGUGUUUAUCACUGUCCGGAUAGUCUCUAUAUUGAACUGGAGUAUGUUCAUGGCAUGGAUGUUCAAAGAGCCUGGCUUGGUGGCUAUCUGUCACCGCCACAGAAGAAACAGAUGGUCAGUGAAAUAGCAGGCUAUAUCGAGCAGCUCCGAAGCCUAGAGCCACCGCAAAAAGAGAUAGUUGGCUCAGCAAGCCUUGAAGGAGGCCUAACUAUCUUUCAUUGUUUUUUUCGCAAAAAUAUCCCUAUCGAGGACUCCACCAAAGUAUUCGGCCAAGAGGUGACCGAUUGUCAUUCCCGUUCUUAUCGAAGCUGCUUUACCCAUGCCGAUCCCUGCCCGCGGAAUAUCAUUGUAGACAAUGGCAGAGUCACUGCACGUAUCGAUUGGGAGUUCAGUGGAUGGUACCCAGAACACUGGGAAUAUACCAAAGCGCACUACAUACAACUCAUUAUGCCUGAUUGGUACGAGGGGCUAGAAUCAGCCAUAACAAAAUAUGAUGAGAAGCUGAAAGCCGAAUGGACCACCUGGACGCAAUGCGACCAACCUGGAAUGCCUGUUGAUAUGUGUAACGCUUAACGUUGUAUUGGAAGGGUAAGGAAAGAGAACUGUGUAUCCGAAACUGCCGGUCAGAUCUACCAGACAUUUGGAGACCAGUGGUCAUAGGAAGAUAUAUCUUAUUUAUUGCAUUCAGGGAUAUAGAUGCUAUAUUGCCU